GAUUGCAGCUGUCUGCAAGAUGGCGGAGCAAGGAAUCGAGCUGUGUGCAGUAUUAUCUUAAAAUUGUCUGUUAGCUGAUUAUACUGGAAGAUCAUAAACUAUUCUGUUGGACAGAUACGACGGAGGAGGAUGAGCAGAUCCUAGACUCAAGCAACAUAUAAGCUGAAUGCAUUGUGAUUUCCAAUAAUUGAGACAGUGAUUCUAAAAAGCUGUCUACAUUAAUGAAAAGAACAAUGUAGUCAGCUUAACGUAUUCAAGACUGGUACUUGGUCAAUACAGGGACGUGGGCUUUCGUUUGAUGUGCUUCUGCAUGUGUUUUGCCUGAAGGGUAAUUAGAAGUAGAUUGUGCAGUCAGGGUCAGCGCGUAGAGCAUUUAUAUUUGGUUUGUUAGCCAGUCAUUAUGGAGAUAGAUGAUGUGUUACCCCCCCUUCCUUUGGAACCCCCCGAUUUAAACAAGGACAGCCUUAAUGGUAAUGCACCUCCACCACCUCCCCUGCAAACGUCCAGUGACGCAGAGGAAAUGGACGUUAGCUCUGGUGGUGAUGGACACCCCUUAACCCCGGCAGGGGCAGAACGGCAGCUUCAGCUCCUCACCAAGGGCUCCCUGUCCUUCUGUAGCCAACCGUCCGACGACGGUGACCCCAACCCCCCCUGCCCCAGAACAGCCCGCCACGCUCCCGCCGUCAACAAGUUCCUCCCCGACCUCAAGUUGCUCCGAGACGUUAAGAUCAGCGUGAGCUUUGCGGAGACCUGCAACAGCAAAGACAGGAAGGUGCUGUACACGGGCGUAGGACAGGAGGGCGGUGGGGAGGCCGGCGCAGGGAGGGUGAACGGUGGGUUGCAUGACGCCACAGAGCCGGGGCCUGUGGAGGGUAGCUCGGGUGUGGGGAACUCGGCCAGUUGCCCGGGCAGGGGAGGAGGAGGAGGUGGAGGGGAGGAGGUGGAGGCAGACCUGGAGAACAACGUGGAGUUCGCCGUCCUCGACGAGCUGGAGGACUUCAGCGAGAACUUCCUGGACCCCGACUACGGCGACCAGGGCGGGUUCAGGUCUGAGGUGAUAAUUCAGCAGGAGCAGGUGGAUGACGAAGGCCUGAACUACUCGUACGAGGAGGACUUUGACAAUGACGUGGACGCCCUCCUGGAGGAGGGCAUGCCCGUGCCCAAGAAGAUGCGCCUGGCCGAGGACAAGUAUGGCGGGGACAGCGACCGCGAGCACCCGUCUGAAGGGGAGGAGGGCGUUCAGCCCAUGAUGACCAAGAUCAAGACAGUCCUGAAGAGUCGUGGACGCCCCCCCACUGAGCCCCUCCCGGAUGGCUGGAUCAUGACAUUCCAUAACUCGGGCAUUCCAGUUUACCUCCACAGGGAGACCAGGGUGGUCAGCUGGUCCAGGCCCUACUUCCUGGGGACUGGAAGCAUACGGAAACACGACCCUCCCACCAGCAGCAUUCCCUGCCUGCACUACAGCAAGAUGAAGAACCAGGAGGAGCGGGACCUGAACGGCGAGGUGACCCCCGCCGCCGAGGUGUCUCCGGUGAAGCCCGGCGAGGAGGCCGACUCGGUGGAGAAGCCGGACGAGCCCGACUCCACGGCCCAGGAGGAGACCCCCACGCCGGCCGCCGGCCCGGAGGAGACGGAGGGCGCGGGCCCAGACACGGCGCCGGCCCCGGACGCCUGCCCCAAGCCGAAGGGGCCCCAUGGGUGGGAGACGGCCCAGGGAGCCCUGGGCCAGGUCAAGGCCAAGGUGGAGGUGUGCAAGGAUGAGUCCAUAGACAUCGAGGAGUUCCGCAGCUACCUGGAGAAGUGUUUCGACUUUGAGCAGGUGACCGUGAAGAAGUUCAGGACCUGGGCCGAGCGCCGCCAGUUCAACCGGGACAUGAAGAGGAAGCAGGCCGAGUCGGAGCGGCCCAUCCUGCCUGCCAACCAGAAGCUCAUCACUCUGUCUGUCCAGGACGCCCCCACCAAGAAAGAGUUUGUCAUCAACCCUAACGGGAAGUCCGAAGUUUGCAUCCUCCAUGAAUAUAUGCAACGUGUCCUUAAGGUCCGCCCUGUUUACAACUUUUUUGAAUGUGAGAACCCAAGUGAGCCCUUCGGAGCGUCGGUCAUCAUUGAUGGAGUGACCUACGGAACAGGAACCGCCAGCAGUAAAAAACUGGCCAAGAAUAAAGCUGCUCGAGCCACACUGGAGAUCCUCAUCCCUGACUUUGUGAAGCAGACGUCCGAAGAGAAGCCCGCAGAGGGGGAUGAACUGGAGUAUUUUAAUCAUAUCAGUAUUGAAGAUUCGAGGGUGUACGAGCUGACUAAUAAAGCAGGCUUGCUCUCACCAUAUCAGAUUCUACAUGAGUGCCUUAAGAGAAACCAUGGGAUGGGCGACACCAGCAUCCAGUUUGAGGUGAUCCCUGGCAAGAACCAGAAGAGCGAAUACAUCAUGACGUGUGGCAAACACACCGUGCGAGGGUGGUGCAAGAACAAGCGGGUGGGGAAGCAGCUGGCCUCCCAGAAGAUCCUGCAGAUGCUCCACCCCCACGUCAAGAACUGGGGUUCCCUCCUGCGCAUGUACGGCCGGGAGAGCAAUAAGAUGGUGAAGAAGGAGAAUUCAGACAAGAGUGUGAUCGAGCUGCAGCAGUAUGCCAAAAAGAACAAGCCAAACCUUCACAUCCUGAACAAACUGCAAGAAGAGAUGAAGAAGCUGGCCAAGGAAAGGGAGGAAACGCGAAAGAAGCCCAAGAUGACCAUCAUGGAGUCAGCUCAGCCCGGGAGCGAGCCCCUGUGCACUGUGGACGUGUAGAGGCCUCACUGCAAGCUAGCCCGACCCGUCACUGACCACAGGCACGCACGCACACACACACACACAGUGCAGUCACUCGUUACACUAAACGCCACCUAGCCACCAUCCAAUUAUUUAUGCAUCCUUGUGACAUGGCAAUAGACGUGAAGAUCUCCUAAAGAAGGGUGGUGUGUAGCACUGUUCCCCUUUCUAUCCCCGCGCUGUGUUGGUGUCUGGUGCCCCGUCAAGGGACAGUCACUAGCACCGACGCAGAGAUAUGAGAGCGAGAGAGACCAGCGUGGAUCUCUCUCCUGUUGCGUCCUCCAUACAGCACUUAAACUGAAACCACCCAAGCAGCAGGAGGAGGCUUCGACACACUGAAAACUCUGCGCCCCCCCCCCCCCUCCAUAACUGCUGACAACCACUAUAGAUUCAUUUUUGUAACGGGAUGGUGAACAUUUCAAGGUCACUCCAAGUUUCAGCUGCAAAUCUCUUUUAUUUGGAGAGUAGUAGGAUUAGUCGUGGUCUGCUGCAGCAAUUUAAACUUUUCAUCGGGUACUAAAUGGAAUAUUGAUCUGUUUGCUGUUGUCUUGGCUUUAUAGUUGAUGGUUGAUGUUUUGUAUAAUUUGGUUGGCGAGUAGUCGUAUUAUUAAUAUGCUUUUGUCUGCAGAUUGGCCAGCUUGUUUUGAUUUGCACGGUAAAACUGAUUCUGGUAAAUUACCCAAAUUCAGAUGAAUAGUUCUCUGCACUCAUGGUUCAAUUCCGUUUGUUACACUCUCACAGUUCAAGUGAGCGAUGGAGUGAACCUCCAAAACCCCGAAACAUGGAGAACGUCAUUUGAAUAGCGUGUCUUGUUAUUUUUCCGUUGGUGGAAUUCAGGAAGAAACACAUCACCAGACGAGCUGAACAAGCCGGUCUGUCUAGCUAAUGUCCUGCUUUCCAUUUAAGCACUGUAGAGAGCACAAGCACAAGGGCUUGGAGUACUGUAGGCAGGUUGGCCAAGGAGAUACACAUGGUAAUGUUACAGUCCUAAGACCUGUACUUCAGUUAGGUUUUCUGCUUGUAGAUGCAUUUGCUUCGCUCCAUACCAUUUAAGUGACGUAGAUGCCAUGCCCUUCCAUCUUAGUUGCAGGAUGGCCUCGUUGUGGUGUCCUUGUAUAGGAUAACCCUUGACUACAUGUUGCCUUAGUUAUGUCAUUAAGGGCUCCCUUGAGAGAGAAUUUAUUGGACCUAACCCCACCCCGCCCCCCCAAGGGGAAUUUAAAGACCAUUUCCUUAAUUCAGCAUUUAUGGUUUAGACUGUGUUGGUUUUUAUGGUGUAAAGCAAUGUCACUGAUAUUCUGGGAGAAGACAAAAAAAAAAAAACUGCCUCGCAUGUGCAUAUUUUUAAGUCGUCUUAAUUCUGAUUUGUGUACGUUUGUCAUCUUUGUGACAAAGGAUCGUCCGUUCUCAUCAUGUGUUCUAACUCUGGCAAACUAAUGUAUGGUGUACGAGGAUCCCCAACAAAUCUACAAAAAUGAAGUUGGCACACUUUUACCUCGAGCGACCCUUGAUCACGUCUUUUAGAACAACAGGAGUCUAAACAAGCAGUGGGAACCAAAGCUUUAAUUCAGUCUUAUGCAUUUUUAUAGAGGAACAUUACUAGGGUUGCUGCAAACGCCACCAUAAUAUCUAUAAAUAUAUAUAUAAGGCAGGAUACAAAAAGAUGCAACACUUCCUGGAACAAAAAUAUUAACUUCUGUGCAUUUCAUGGUGUGAAGUAUUGGGUCUGCGUGUGAAGUAUUGGGUCUGUGUGUGCAUCUGUCCCAGCGUUCAUGGACACAGCUGCUGAUGUAGAGUUAGACUGCUUGAAGAAUCUGCUUCUCCCCCAGCUCAUGUUUAUGUGCUCUGUCUUGCCAAGUACGUGUGUUUAGUAUGUGCGCAAAAAAAACCCAUGGAGUUGUAAUGAUGGAUUGUUUGCUUGAGAUAUUGCUGCCUAGAAAAUGAAGUACCUACUGCAACUUGGAUCUCUGACUUUCAGUGAUAUUUGUUUAUGCAAAUAAAUUGUCAUGAAUUAA